AUGUCCGCUCCGGUAUCACAGGAGGAGUUGCCUAUCCUUGAAUCCGUGAUCAAUAUCCGCAAUAGGCUCAACCUUCUGAAGAAGGAUCGCGGCGAAUACAUCAAGGCCUCCGAUGUCAACACCCUCUACCAGGCCGUCAUCAAGCAAGUCAGGAAGCUGAACGACGUACGACAGGACGAUGUCGUCUAUAAUAAUCGUCUGGACACCCUUCUUGCCGAUGUCUUCAACCUGCUCUCUCUGUUCUUCCUCACGAUCGGGAAGACCAAGGAGGCUCCGGCGACUUACUCACAGUUGGCCAGCAUGAGGCAAAUCCUUGAACACAUGAACGAGUCCGCGAUCUACAACGAGUCCGACCUCAAGCCCUUUCACCGGCGACUGAACGAUCUACGGAACAUCAUCAGGAACGACGCGGAGACCGGCAAGCACCCCGAGGCCAUGACCAAGCUGCUCGAGCGCCAACUAAACGAGUGCGAGUCGUUGCUACGCUCUCUGCAGGAGUCGUUGGCUGUGCUUGACGUCGAGCUUGUGCCCAUACACGAGCGUCUCAUCGGCAUCCGCCGGAAGCUUGUUGCUCUCGCCGCGAAGGAUGGCCCACAUAAGCAGGAACUGAAGCCGUUCCAGGAGGAACUGCGUAAGAUCGACUCUAAACGCGUCGACGGCAAGUUCAUGGGACCAGGAGGAACCGUACCCGCCUCUCAAGCCAUAUGCUCAUCUCUUCUCGAGGACUGCUUCGACAUCGUUCAGGAGAUCCGCGCACAGGAAGAGAGCAAGCACGUACCGCAGACGCUGAAGCCCAUACAUGAGCGCCUGUCCCAACUCCGUGCGGAACUCGACGGUCUCGCGCUGACGCACAGAUGGUCGUUACGCGAGACGGACUUGUUUAACUACUCGUUGUCGUUGCAAGAGAUUGACAACAUGAGGGUGGAUGGCAAGUUCGUCGAUACGGAGGGCAAUCAGCCAGGUGGACAAUACGUUCUGCUGUACCUUCUCCGCCGAUGUUACGGUGUCAUUUACCGCUUACUGUCCUCAAGCGAGCCCGUGUCCGAGGAGCUCAUUCCGAUCUCCAACAAGCUUUCAACCGUGAAGAAGUGCUUGAACGAAGUGUUGAAAUACGGUGGACCCUUCUCACCCCGUGACCUGUACCCGUAUCAGCUUGCGCUCUACCAGAUCGAUCAGAUGCGGAAAGACGGCAAGUUCGUCGGCGCGGACGGGUCUGUACCGGAGGGUCAGGGUAUCGUCAUGGCGCACUUGAAUGAGUGCCACGAGCUCGUGGAGAUGCUCAAGGAGAACCUCGAAGAGCCCGAGGAGGAAGACGACUACGGUGAAGACGACGAAGAAGACGAGGAGGAGUACAACGAGGACGGAUCCGAGUCCGAAGCCGCAUAG